CUGGGAUGCUUGAGCUUAUUCAUUCUCGUCUCUUGCUGUAACUAUUUCAUGCAUGAGGGAACGAGGGGCACUCAUCAUCUCACUCAAGUCGCUCAUUCCUCGAAAGUUCCAACACCUCGCUCAUUCCCGACUGGCGCCGUCUCUCAGCCUUGUCUCUCAUCCUCCUCUUCCACCCUCUCCUCCAUUCCCUCGCUCUUAUUUGGUAGCUCAAGCCACCUGGGCUUGGCUCGGCGUUUUUGGCGUUUCUGGUGCUGACAGCGAUCCACUUGGUAAGAAGCCAACCGUUCUCAUGCCCUCCUAUUGAGCACAUCCUCACCCAUCAUGAUUAUUCAUAAACCAUGAGCCAACAGAAGGAUAAGCAGAUUGGCCGAGAAUACGGUAUUGAUACCCAACCUCUACAUGGAGCUUAGCCAUCUUAUCAUUGAUGCUAUAUGGCGCCCGAGCU